AUGGAGGCUUUCGGCGGGCCAUCGUUGUUUCGUGUCGCGGACGCUACCGGCGACGCUGUUACCACCAUCGCCAACAUCGCCUCCGUCUCCCGCGCCUUCGCCCGUGCCGCCCGCUCGGAUCUCUGGCCGCGCUACUGCCUCGCGCGCGCCGCCCUUGCGGAAGACGGCGAGGCGGCGGCGGUGGCGGCGGUGGCGGCGCGCCUGGUGCGCGAUGCGGCCAGCGCCGAUGCGCCGCCAAACGCGGCGAGCAGCCUGGCGCGCUGCAUGAGUGCGCGGGCAUGGUAUCUGCCUGCUCCAACGCGCUGCGAGAGUGUGGGUGAAGUGGAAGGGGGGAAAAAGAGGAAAGAAAGGGAGGACGAUGGGGGGAAAGGGGCGCAGGAGGGCGCAGCUUUGUUGCUGGCGACAGGGGGCUGUGGGCGGGAGCACGGGGGUGAGGGUGAGCUUUUUGAGACGUCUCUGAACCAGGAGGGUGCGGCGGUGUUGAUGGCAGCAGGGGGCUGUGGGGAAGAGCAUGAGGAUGAGGAUGAUGGUCAGCUUUGUCAUGUGGUGCGGGGAGCGAUUGCUGGGUUCAGGCACUCACGGUAA